AUGGUGCGAAAUUAUAUCAAAAAGAAUGGUUUAGAAUCUAAAUACUCUAAAGAGAAAUUACAAAGAGCUCUUGAUGAAAUUAGAGCUGGUACAAUUACUAUAUAUAAGGCAGCUGUCAGUACAUCAGGAAGAGAAAGCACAACUUUUGUAUUGGUUGCUAAUGUUGCUGGUGGUCGGGCGCCACCUUUAAUAAUUUUCAAAGCAAAAAAUAUAUGGGACCAGUCGAAGGCACCACCAGAGAAAGAAUACCCUGGUUCAGAAAAUGAAGUACACUAUGCUAAAUCUAACGAAAGCGAGUGUAUAGAAGCUGAACUUGAAGUUUUUGAGUCAGUUGAUGAAAAUACAAUGCCAAACAUGAACAAAGAAAAUGAAAUAGAGGAGGAAACUGAACCGAAUAUCGGUAUUAAUAAAUGGGUGAUCGUUAAAUAUACUUUGAUAAAAGGACAUAAAUAUUAUGUAGGCUUCGUGCAAAAAAAGAAAGAUGAUCGUCGGGAGGUUAAGUUUGUACGCCGCAAGGGCGCAACCUUUGCAUGGCCAACCAUAGAGGAUGUGGAUUUAAUUACCGCUGAUUCCAUUGUCAAAAUACUGCCUAAUCCUGACAUAAGUGAGCGUGGCAUAAUACACUUUGAUUUUAAAUUUAGAAAGAUGAUUAUUUUAUAA